AAGAAUUCGACGAUUGGGCGCACGACGUGCUGAGUGCUGUGUUUGGUUUCGUCUGUUUUCUUACCGUUACAAACAUUUCACCCCCCAAGUGUAGUUUGAUUUCAGUGUGAUCAGGUAGCUCUUCAUAAAGAAGUUAACAUGCAGGAAUUGAUUGCUUCAGUGGAUCAUAUUAAAUUUGAUCUGGAGAUUGCUGUGGAGCAGCAGUUGGGAGCUCAGCCUCUGCCGUUCCCCGGGAUGGACAAAUCCGGGGCGGCUGUAUGUGAGUUUUUUCUGAAAGCUACUUGUUUAAAAGGAGGGAUGUGUCCCUUUCGUCAUAUCAGUGGUGAGAAAACGGUGGUUUGCAAGCACUGGCUCAGGGGACUGUGCAAGAAGGGGGACCAGUGCGAGUUUCUGCACGAAUACGAUAUGACCAAGAUGCCGGAGUGCUAUUUCUACUCCAAAUUCGGGGAGUGCAGUAAUAAAGAGUGUCCAUUCUUACAUAUUGACCCUGAGUCUAAGAUCAAAGAUUGUCCCUGGUAUGACAGAGGAUUCUGUAAACACGGUCCCGAUUGCAGGCACAGGCACACACGAAGGGUCAUCUGUGUGAACUACUUGGUUGGAUUCUGUCCGGAAGGCCGGUCUUGUAAAUUCAUGCACCCACGGUUUGAGCUGCCCCUGGGUACCGCAGAGCAACCGCCACUGCCACAGCAACCCCAGACCCAAAAGCAAAACAAUCAGCCGGCGAACAGGUCAUCGUUGUCACUCAUCCAGUUAACAAAUCCCAACAUGAACUCCAACCACAACCAGAGGACGCCACAUGUUAUUGGGGCAAUGCACUCACACAACAUGGGCAACAGAGGGCCCCGCCCACUGGACCAGGUCACUUGCUACAAGUGCGGUGAGAAGGGACACUAUGCCAACAAAUGCACAAAAGGACACCUGGCUUUCCUAAGCGGACAGUAGCGCCCAGAGGAUCCCUUGGCCUGAAGUGAAGCUGGAGUCUCAUCGAGAAGGGCUGGAAGAGUGUCUGUGUGUGCUGGUCCAGUCAGCUUUCAUAAGUGAAAAGGGUGAACAAGACUGAAUUCUACUAGUGUUGCUGCAGAAUGAUAAAACGGCUCAGUGUGAAGGAGUCAGCAGAGACAACUUAUAACUAAUGAAUGAACCUUCCUUUGUUUGGUGCUGCACUGCUAAACAAUCUGUAUUUUCACAGAUGUUCAUUUCUGUGGGGAAAGAGGUAAUUAAACAAUCUUUAGCAUCUCUGGAUCUACUUCAGAAAUUUCAAAUAACAGGCAAUUCUGUAUCCAUUAUUGCAGUGUUGCUACGGUGUCAUUUUUUCCUCAAAAACAGUACAAACUUCUGACAGCUGUAAAGGGCUCUCCCACAAUAAAGGGUAUUCAAAAGAGUGAUAAAACUCUUGACUGUCACUAUGUAAAAAAACAAGAAUUGAAAAAGUAAUGGAUUAAAUGUGUGCCACUGAAAAUCCUAUCAUUAAAUCAAAUUUCUUGUACAUAGUAAUGUAAAAGUUGGAUAGUUGGACAGUUCAAUGAUCUUGUGGAUUCCUGAUAUUCUGAUUAGAAAUACAGCAGCAGGCAGUUGUCAAUGAUGGCACAAUACAUCUGCCGUCUUAUGUGACUAAUAUCAUUUGCAUUUCUGAGACAUUUUCAUCUUAAAUGUUCUAAAGUAGAUUAAUUAUACCAUUUAUGAUCAAUAUCCAUUCGAAUUAUGGUAGCAGACCAUCUAAUAUAGAAUAAAGCAAAGUUUCUGCACACCAAGUUUUAUGCCACUCGUCAAUAUAUUUUGUGCAGGAAAUUAAGUAUGUAUGGCAAAACCAACAUGGCCAAAAUAUGUGACAAACAGCCUUCAAAUGAACAUGUUAAUGCUGACAAAGAGGGAAACGUGCCAUGUUUGAAAUUGGUGCUAUUUAAUAUUCAAAACUAAUUUUCAAAACCUUUGUCUAAAACUUUCUGGUCAUUUAACUUUUGACAGCAUCUCCAUUUUGUUACUGUAGCUAUCAUUUUGCAUUUAUAGUGCUUUUUCUGUGCUGCAAAUUUGACUGGCCCAUGGCAGUUAAAGGGGUAUGGCAGAUUAUAGGGGUAUACAGAUUAAAUCAAUUAUAGGACUGCUUAAAGGUCAGGCACCUCUCUGGUGCCAUUUCCCCCUACAGCUUGAGGUGGAGUUAUACAAUUGUGUACUGCCACAGCCAACACUGCUGUUUCAACAUGACCAAACAAAUCAGAAAUGGGCAGCAGGUCAGUGGUCCCUUAUGUAGUACUUGGUAGAAAGCAUGCUGCAGUUCACACUAGUUGGUCGGAAAGAGAUUAUAAAUUUGUAAGUCAAUGAGUGUGCCAUCUUGAAAGAUCUUUAAAGGCUGCACAAUUGUGCAAAACAACUUAGUUAAGCCCAGUAAGGAAUGUAAAGGUAAAGUCACAUUAUCAGCCAGUGGUCAGAUGCCAGGGGAAAAAUCUUAAUACAGCACUUGCAUGGGUUGCUUUUGUAUUGAUGUACUUUGU